AUGGGUUCCUUUGCUAAUGGCCAGAAUGGUUCGGAGCUUGGCAUCCAGAUGCCGGCCAUGGGGAGCAGCGCGGUGCCGGAGCCUCCCACAACAUCUGUAGCAGCAAGAUGUCCACGGCUGGACAUGGCCAUGGUGGCCACCAGAGCUGCAGCCCUCGUGAUGGCGCUGCUCUCAAUGUCGCUCAUGGUCUCCGCCAAGCAACGGGGUAGUCUCAUCAUCUUUGGCAUCGAGAUUCCACUGUAUGCCAAAUGGUCCCUCUCUGAUUCGCUGAAAUCCUUGGUUGGGCUAUCUGCGGCAGCAGCUGCCUACUCUCUGGCACAACUUCUGUCGAUUGCGUACAAGGCCUUGAAGAAAGUCCCUGUGGUUCCAUCCAGGCGCUAUGCCUGGAUGCUGUUAGCUGGUGAUCAGGUCUUUGCGUAUGCGAUGUUGAGCGGGGGGUCAGCAGCGGCGGCCGUCGCAAAUUUGAACCGCACCGGCAUCCGGCACACGGCGCUUCCCAACUUCUGCAAGCCCUUGCCACGUUUCUGCGACCUAUCAGCAGCCUCCAUCGCGUGCGCCUUUCUCAGCUGCGCCUUCCUUGCCGCAUCCGCUGUAAUCGAUGUUAUCUGGCUGUCAAAUCUGUGA